UUUUGCAAAAUAAUUUUUCUUUAAUCUUUUACAUUAUUCAUUUUUAUUAUUAUUAUUUUUGGAAUUUGACCUUUUUGUUUGCACUUUCUUUUUUAUUUUUAUUCUUUGAAAAAGGUGCCUUGCAUGGCUAAUGGUCAUUCAAUAUAGCUUUUAUUUUAAUUUCAGAAUAAAUUUUUUCUUUCCUUAAAAUGAAAAUAUUAAAUACACUUUUAUGUUUAUUCUAGUGCCAAAAUUUUAGAAAAAUAUUUUAAAGUGUAUUUAAAUUUGAGGACAUUAAUUUAUCUAAUGGUGUUUUUGGAUUAGAAGAAGAAUAAAGAAAAUGUGGGGGGAGAUUUUAGCUAUAAAACGAGAGAUUUUUCUAUCAGUAAUUGCCGAGGGUUAUGCCAUGGUUUUAGGGAUUUUGCUAAUUAAGAGCCAAGGUUUUGGGUCUGGUUUUAAAAAAUUUUCUCGGGUCGGGUUUCGUGUCUAAAAAACACCGGGUAUUGGAUUUCGAGUAACCCACUGCUAUCCUUGCCUUUAAGGUUAUGUUUACUAUGACGAGAUUUUACUAACAUUUUUUCCUUGUAAAUAAUAAAUUUUUAAUAAAAAAAGCGAAAAGUGCAAGGAAAUUAACACAAUACCACUUUUACCCUCCACUAAUUUUCUUUCUCCUCCAAAUUUUCCCUCCUUUCUUGGCUUGUUCGUUUUAUAUUUUAUUUAUUUUUAAUUUUUUUUUCCUUUUUUUUUAUUUAAAUACUUUUAUUACCGCCUACUGGGUUAUUUAUUUUUUUUCAAAAAUCCUUUCCCGUUCACUUUAUUUUUGCAUGGUUCGAUGAGUUAUGGGUCGCACAGACUUGGUAAAGAGACUGGAUUAGAGAUUUUUAAGCUUUUUGUUUAUUUGGAUAAGCUAGUUGGAUGUUGUUCUUUUUUACCUUUUUUCAACAACAACAAGGCUGGGAAGUU